GUGUCUUUAUUUAUUAUCUGCAUUCAUGAAUUUAUGAAACCCUCUCUCUCUCUUCAUAUGUCUUGAGCUUCCAUUGAAACUAGCUCACUCUACCCUCAGCCUAGCUCAGCUUUUUGGCAGUAAAUUAAGACAACAAUGCAAAUCCAGUUCCAUUUCGAUUAUUAUAAGAAAGAUCGAAACGAAUCAAGAAAGUAGAAACCCACGACUACAACUUUUGUACUUCUUUUUGUCUUUUUAGUCACUUUUUCUGUGAUUCUUUUCUACAUUGAGUAGGUGAUAAUAAUGAGUAGUUGUGAUGACAAUUUGUGGAUUGAUGACUUUUUCAAUAUGGAUGAUCAUGACUCUGAUUUUGGAGAAACCAACAGCAAUAAUAUUCUUCACUACAACCUAGAGGAUCAGGAACUACUAAUUCCUCCUAAUCUAGGGUUAGGAGCAGAAGUCAAAGAGGUGGUGGCGGUUGAUCAUGAUAUUCAGAUCCAAGCUGCUCAAGGUAUGGCAACAAAGAGGCGGAAAGUGACCAGUGUUGAACUAGAAACAAGCAGCGAUCGUGAGUUAAUCAUGUUAGAUGACCAACAACAACAAAUAAUUAAGAGUAAUAAUAUUGCUCAUAUAACCGUGGAGAGGAAUAGGCGAAAGCAGAUGAACCAGAAUCUAUCCCUUCUUCGUUCUCUCAUGCCUUCCUUUUACGUCAAAAGGGGAGAUCAAGCAUCCAUCAUAGGAGGAGUGAUAGAUUACAUUAAUGAACUUCAACUAAUCCUUCAAUCCCUAGAGGCAAAGAAGCAGCGCAAAGUAAUUUACAACCAAGUCCUCAGCCCUAGUCCAAGAAACAAGCCUCCUUUAAGUCCAAGAGUUAUCCUACCCAUGAGCCCAAAAACCCCUCAGCCCACAAUUACUCCAUACAAACUCAAGCCACCGUCACCAGCUGCACUCGAACCUCCAUCAAUACAUUCACCGUCGUCUUCUUCAGGUUCGUUGCCCAACGUUAAUUUAGUGGUGGGCAGUAGUACCGUAUGUGUUAACGAGCUAGCCGCAAGCUCAAAGUCGGCCAUGGCGGAUGUGGAGGUGAAAUUCUCCGGGGAGAAUAAUCUCUUGUUGAAAACGGCUUCGUUAAGGAUACCAGGACAAGCAUUCAAGAUUAUUUCGGCCUUGGAGAAGUUAGCCCUACAGAUCUUACAUGUUAAUAUCAGCACUGUUGAUCAUACCAUGCUUAAUUCUUUCACAAUCAAGAUUGGAAUAGAAUGCCAGCUUAGCGCAGAGGAACUUGCUCAACAAGUUCAGCAAACAUUCUGCUAAUUAUGAAUCAACCAAAUCCUUGAGUACUGCUUUAAUUAAUAUCAUACCUGCAUGCAUUUACUUCAAACCUAACAUUUAAAUUAGUUUCUUGUGCUAAUUAAGAAUAUUAAUGUAUUAUGCAUUUCAUUUCAUGUAUCAGCUUAAUUAAUUAAUUAGUUAAUAGCUAUCAUCAAUUGUUAUU